GUCCAUUCCUUGAACCACGAGAUAGAGACUUUAUAACCACCCCCUAUAAAACCUUAAUUAACUCUCCACGUAUUACCUUCAAAUAUAUUCACUUCCAUUUUUCCAAUAUCAUAAUCAUAAUAUUAUUUCUUUCAAUAAUGGAAAUUAGCAAAAUCACCUUAGAAAUAUUUUCAAAGCUAGAACAGCAAUGGCUUAUGUCACAAAGCGAAACCAACCACAAAAAAACUCGUGUACUCUCUAUCGAUGGCGGUACCGGAACAAACACCACCAGCGCCAUUCCUUCCGGUGCCGCCUUGAUCCACCUUGAACACCAGAUCCAACUCAAAACCGGUAACCCAAACGCACGAAUCAUAGAUUUUUUUGAUAUCGUGGCUGGUACCGGCAUUGGUGGUCUACUUGCGUUACUUAUCAACCUGUCUGAUGGUUCCAGUACUAACCGCCCGCUUUAUACUGCAAAGCAGGCGGUUAAGUUAAUAACCGACAGACAAAACAAAUUGUAUAAAGUAAAAAACUUAUAUAACCGUGUUUUCAGACAGAAAACACGGUUAUGUUCUAAAAGUAUGGACAAUGCUUUGAAACAAGCGUUGACCAGAAACACGGAUAACAAGGUAUUGACAUUAUCCGACACAUGUAAGCCAUGUAUUGUACCAUGUUUCGAUUUACACACGUCAGCCCCGUUUGUAUUUUCAAGAGCUGACGCGUGUGAAUCAAAAAGUUACGAUUUCGAACUUUGGAAAGUGAUCCGUGCCACGUCAUGUGACCCGUCAUUGAUGAAGCCGUUUAAGUUAAGUUCAAUUGACGGAAAAACUAGUUGUUUGGCUAUUGAUGGUGGUUUAGUGAUGAAUAAUCCUUCAGCAGCUGUUGUUACACAUGUGUUGCAUAAUAAACGAGAUUUUCCGUUAGUUAACGGAGUUGAGGAUCUGUUAGUUUUAUCGUUAGGUAACGGUGACGGAAGUGGUUUACAAAAAGUAAACGGAAGUGGUUAUUGUAAAAGUGAAUAUGUUGUGGGGGUUGUUCGUGAUGGUGUCUCAGAAACUGUUGAUCAGAUGUUGGGUAACACUUUUUGUUGGAGUCAUAUGGAUUAUGUUAGAAUUCAGGCAAACGGUUAUGGUAAAGUGGGAGAGAGCAUGGAAUCAGUGUUGAAUGAGAGAGGCGUGGAAUCGUUGCCUUUUGGAGGGAAACGGUUACUGACGGAGACUAACGGACAAAGAAUUGAUGGCUUUGUAAACCGGCUAGUGGCUGCUGCAUCAGGAAGUAGUUUACCUCCAAGUCCGUGUAAAAAUUCUGCCGUUAAUCAACUUGUUAACGGCCGUUAAAAGUUACAUUUAGGAUUUUAUUUAAUCUUUUCGUUGCAUUUCUAGAAAUGUUAUUCUAUUUUAUUUCUUUUUCAUUUUCAUUUUGUUUACGUUUUAGGUUUUGUACUAAUUAGAAUGUUGUAUCAUGUUCGCGGGGAAACUCCCACGUGAAGUGUAAUAAAAAAUAAUGGUAAUGCAUUCUCGGAUUCCUUCGUCAA